UCCUGGAAGGGGGACGUCAGAAUGGGCGCCCGCCGCUCUUCCUCGCUGUGCAGUGAGUCACGGCUGCAGUACUGCUUCGGCAGUAGCCGCGGGCGUACGCAGCAUGCUGGAGGACGGCCGCCUCUGCGGCUUCAGCGGCACGUCGCUGUUGGUGUUGCUCGUUCUGUUCUGCCUGCAGCCUGCGGGCGUCGCCUGUCGCAUCAAAUGCUCGGCAAGCGGUUUGUGCCCCGGCAGUUACCUGUGCUGCCACAAUCAACUUUGCUGUCUGCGGUCUCAGAGAAUCGCAGAGAUAGCUGGUGCAACUGGUGGCGUCAUUCUUCUACUCGGAGGCGUGGCUUUCUGCUGUAUCCAAUGUUGCAGGACCAGAAGACAAGAUGCCAGCAACCGAGUACUGAGGUUACCUGCCGUCGUUCCGACUCCGACACCAUCCACAGGCGGUGAUGGCGACCUCUGCACGGAGACCUCGCCACUUAGUCACGACCACCGUGUGACGUAUGGAUCUCAUCAGGACAUCAGCUCUACAUCGUCUCGCCUCAGCAAGUCGUGAAGCCUAUGUAUUUCUGCAUACGAACCAUAAGGAGGUCGAGGAUAACGGAGGAAGUGUUAAUCUUGCUGAGGCGACAAAUCAACUAGAGAAAACCGUGCGCGGGAGCCAUAACUUGAGCAUUUCAAGCAGACCAUCGCUUUGGGAAGGGUAUUGACUAAUGCUAUUUGGACAACAAGGUGGAGAACUUUGGUGUAGUCAUAGCAAACUGUUUUAUGGACUUUGAACUUCUUGAAAGUGUUAAACUGUGUCCCAUGUUGGGAUUUGAAUCGAUACAUUUGUUUUUAAUAUUUAACGUAGUAUUACUUGAGCUAUCCAACGAACUUCAGGUUUGUAUGAAGAACAUAGUUUUCUCCCUGUUCAUACAACUUCACUUUACUUCUCCAUUCAUCGCUGGACAAGCGCACCCGGGACAGAUGAAAGUGACAAAGAUUUGUUAGUCGCAGAGUGGGGUCUAGAGACGAUAUGUCGGUUGGUGACUCGUUGAAACUGUUAUUGAAGCAGCAGGUUCGCUAUACAGGGUGUUCGGAAAUCAGGAAAUUCCUGUUACAAACUUCUAGGACUUGUAGAGGGGAGUGAGUACAUAAUAUUUUGAAUAGGAACCCAUGUCCGGAAACGUACCGUUUCCAUCCUAACAGAUGUUUAACUCAUCCACUUCUGCUUGAGGAGCUGAAUUAGCUGUGACGUAGUACAGUUGUUAGAUAAGAGUUCGAAAGAAAACAUAAGGGAAAAUCAAUUUCUCACCUAAGCACAUUUGUUUGUAUUGACACUUAAACAUUACCUGUUUGCAUUAUACCAGAGCGAAAAAGGACCCAGCAUACUGUACGUACAGAACAGUACUGCUGCAUUACAACAGCGGUUCGAUGUUGUUGUUGUGGUUGUUGAUGAUGAUGAUGAUGAUGAUGAUGAUGAUGAUGUCUGGUUUGUGGGGCGCUCAACUGCGCGGUCAUCAAAGCCCGUAUGAAAGUCCCAGCUUUCAUACAGUCCACUUCUCUUUUACACAGUCCAAGAUAGCCAUUGUCACGACCGCUGGUGAUGACGACGAUGAAAUGAUGAGGACAACACAAACACCCAGUCCCCAGGCAGAGAAGAUCCCCAGCGGCUCGAUCUGGCGACGCCCAGCGUCGUUACUGACAUUGUACCUACGAAGCGCUUUCUGCUACACACUCUCCGUCCCAUCUGGUGUCUCUUCAAUUUCUACCGCAGCGACCAAAAUUCCUGCUAGCAGAUCUUCCUCUGUCUCUACAGGAGUCUCGUAGAAGGCAGACUCUUAAGUGACAUCAGGUGGCCGUCUGGCGUAGUACACAGCAUCCUGUCUAUCCUAUUGCAUUCCAGCCCUGAGACUUUUCUCUUUCCCUCAGCAGACGUGGACGCGUUGCGCACCCGAUGUGAAACCGUCGUAGAACGCAAACAGUACGUUUCUGGACAGGGGUUCCCAAUGAUAAUACGAGUAUUAUGUACUCACUCUCCUCUACAAGUCCUAGAAGUUUGGAACGGGAAGUUUCGAACACGCCGUAUAUUCAAUCAUGAUAGCACUGUCGCCCUGAUUAGCGUCCGACGAACCAUCAGUCAAGCACAACGCUGUGGGAAAAGGCCCGCACUCGCUCAUCACCAAUCAAAACAUUAACGCUACUGGUAGAAGCGUUUUUGCAUGCCAAAAUAUCGGUCUCUUUCGAUGCAAACAUCCUGCCAUGCACUUAAAAUAUUUCAGUCAGGAAUUUAGUUGUACAAAUAGGAAUGUGAUGAUCAGCACCAGCCUGCAAUUUCAAGGAGAGCUACUUACAACAGUUAAGAGGAGAGAAUUGACUCCUCAGAUCACUUGCAGUUUACGUCUCUCAAAGGCGCUGCCAUGUGCGACCAUACGUAGGGACUCAUUUGAGUUAAGACUUCAAAAUAUGUCGAGAGACUAUGCGACAAACAAUAAAAUAGUAAAGGAUAAUCCUACUGAAUGACAGGAGUAUAAAAAAUUAAAAUAUUCACUUUCUACAGCAGGGGACUGUUGUCAAAUUAGCAGAGAGUAACUCCAUUCGGGGAAUCACUAUUUUAACCUGUAUAUGCUGUGACACCACUGUGUAGGGGAGAAAGUUGUGGUUAUUUAAAUACUAGUAUCAAACAGCUCGUUAUUGUGUGUUUGUCUUACUACAAUUCAAUUUUCAGUAUUGUGUAACACUGUCAUGUGCUGUGUGUUUAUUAUGGGGGUUC